GUCGGCGACGUAAAAUCUCGGAGGUUGAAGGUGAGGGUGAGGAUGAGGUUGCCCACUGCUCCCGCAACUGACAGUCCAGGGCGGUGAAAAGCAAAGCACUGCACAGGAAUGGAUGUACAGGGGAGGCUAUUUAUUGGAUGUGGAGCGUGGGCACUGGGCGUCGCGGAGACUGGAGAGGCAAAUCGACGGAGCCCGAGGGGAGAGUUUCGGUGUGGAUGCAAAGGGAGCGAAUGGAGGCGCGGCUACGCCCGACGUCACGUCUCCCAGGCGAGCGAGUCAAGGAGCGGCGCGACGGCUGAACCACAGUCAGUAAAGGACGAACUUGGAAUCAAAUAUAAAAUAUAAAAUAAAAUUCAUAUCAAGGCCCGCGCCCAACGUCAACCUCCACCGGUGUGUCCUUACUCUGUGCGCGUUAAGUAGGCAGGGCCAGU